AUGAAUCAAGAAAUUAUUGAUACUGUUGAAACUACCUUAGAUAGUGAAGAAGGAACUUCACAAACUGUUAAGUUUGAUGAAGAAAGAUAUGGAGCUAUAAAAGAAAAACGGAUAUCUUUAAGAGAUAAAGAUGUUUUUAUUAGACCAAUACUACCUUGGUUUAACAAAACUAUAUACUUUGCCAAAUAUGAUGAAGUACCUAUUAACAUAGAAAAUGUUAAGGAUGAUCAGUAUACUUAUGAGAAAAUUUCUUUGCAGUCCGUGAAGGCCUUUGAAUGGCUUUCUUUGAAUGAUUUCUCUUCGUCAGACGAGUCCCCACCAUCAAUUGUAAGAGUUCCUGGUUCUAAUGUCCCAAAAUCACCCAUAUCUACCUUCAUCACAUCCAAAGGAGAAGAUAAUAACAAGACGAAGACUGUUUCGGCAGAGAACCGGAAAAAUGUAAGAGCUAGUUCAGUCCCACGUCCAUGUGCUGUCUUAUCCAGCCCAGAUAAUGAUGGGAUCAUUGGAAGCAAAACAAAGACUAGAAGAGAACUACAUUCAAGUACAAAAGGCAAUAAUACAAGUCAAAAUAGACAGACCCCACGUAAGGUGUUUCCAAGAUCUACAGCUGCCGAAAGUUUUGGAAGCACGCUAAUGAACAAGAAGGAAACACCCGAAAGAAAAAAUGAUCCUCCAGCAAAAGGAAGGGCUGUCCCAGCUGAUUCAAUCCUGAGAUCAGGGCCUUUGAGAAGGAAACCCCAGUAUCCAAUUAAAAUGAAGCUGAUAAGUUGACUUGAAAUGACUAUUUUGCGUGAUUCUUACUCACAGUCGAAGAUUUUGAGAUAAUGAAUUUUUUGAGCAAAAGGACAGCAACUGCUGAUCGAAGUUGGACAGAAGAGUUUGUGCUUGAAAACUCUGAAUCCAUCUGAAGUGAAAUAAUUCAGUAAAAAGAGAGCAGACUUUUCUUGCAUAAUCCAUUGUAGUAGCUUUUCACUUGUAUAAAAUGUGAGCUUUGUGCAUGGAACUUGAGUUUAAGGUCUUCAAGGAACAUGUAACGUUAUCCUUCUGUUAAGUAAUUUAACGGCAUAUGAAUUUUUGAGUGAGAA